CGGAAGCGAGCAGCCUCGAGUGGAGGAGUGACCUUCUGGGCUUAUCGGCAAUUUUUUAAUCAAUCUCGUGACCUGACAAAAUCGAAGUAGCUUUAACUCGUGAAUAACACAAACCGAAAAAUAUUCUAUACAUUGUGUGUCAUAAUUUAUUAUAAAAUAAUUAAAUCGAGGCAUCGCGUCAUCGUUUACACUUUAAUGAAAGAGCGGCCAGACUUUAAUCAGGAUUUUCGGGUUUUGACGGCUUCAUAGCGAUUAUAAAUUUAAUGAGGUCAGAAGAGCUUUGGGCUGUCCAAAAAAGUUAAGGGGCAUUGGGGAAAUAAGGAAGAAUUAAUGUAUUGUAGUUUAAACGAUUGUUGAGAUAUUGAGCGUUAACCUUUAAAUAAGAUGGCUGCAAGGACGUCAGCUGGUUGCCAUGGCGACGAAAUGGCGUCCUGUCAAAACAGUCCACGUGACUCGACUUGAUUGUCGCCUCUGUUUUUUUAUGUACUAACGUAAAAAAAGACUAAUCACUCGGAAGUAAGCGGUCGCAAACAUGAGUACCUUCGUACAAAAUGUGCAGAUCAGGGAUGGAGAAUACACGAAAACUAUCUAUACUAUGAUUAAAGAACAGAGGUACACCGAGACGAUCCAGAUCUUGACAGCUCUUUUAAAUACACACGCCAAUUCCCGGCCAUGUUUAUCUCUGCUGGCGCAUUGCUACUUUUACACGCAAGACUUUGUUGCUGCUUCUGGUUGUUAUGAAAAGUUGGUUCAAAUGUGCCCCGAAGAAAAUAUAUACAAACUUUAUUACGCACAGUCACUGCAUCAAGCAUGUAUGUUCCAAGAAGCUUGGGCAGUAUGUAGUGGUAUUGCUAACCAACCUGAUUUGGAGCAUAAAGUGAAAAAAUUACAGGCAGCUAUAAAGUACGGCCAAGAAGAUACCGUAGCUGCAAAAAGUCUUAUCGAUCAAUGUUCAUCCGAUGACGUCGAUACAGAAGUAAAUCUGGGAUGUCUUCUGUACAAGGAAGAGCAGUAUGAACAGGCCCUGAAAAAAUUUUCUACGGCCUUACAGAUAUCUGGAUUUAAACCACACUUAUCAUACAAUGUUGCACUUUGCUAUUAUAAACAGAAAGAGUAUGCCUUGUCACUAAAGCACAUCGCGGAUAUCAUUGAACAAGGUAUAAGAGAGCAUCCUGAAUUAAGUGUAGGAAUGACAACCGAAGGAAUUGAAGUUCGGAGUGUAGGAAAUACUUUAACAUUGCAUGAAACUGCUCUAACGGAAGCUUUUAACUUAAAGGCAGCUAUUGAAUAUCAACUGAAGAAUUAUGAGGCAGCAAGAGAAGCAUUGACAGAUAUGCCUCCACGCUCUGAAGAAGAAUUAGAUGCAGUUACUCUGCAUAACCAAGCUCUGAUCAACAUGGACUCGAGUCCAAGUGAAGGCUUUGAAAAGCUACAAUUUUUGCUUCAACAGAAUCCAUUUCCUCCUGAGACAUUUGCUAAUUUAUUAUUACUGUACUGCAAAUACCAGUACUAUGACUUAGCUGCUGAUGUUUUAGCUGAGAAUGUGCACUUGACUUACAAAUAUUUAACACCAUACUUGUACGACUUUUUGGAUGCUCUCAUUACGCAGCAAACAUCUCCUGAGGAAGCAUAUAGAAAGUUUGAUGAUCUUGCGAACAAGCAUACCGAAGCUCUGCGCAAGGCUACUAAACAAGUUCAGGAAGCAAGAUUAAAUCAUGAUGACAAUGCUGUUAAAAAGGCUGUGAAUGAUUAUGAAGAUGCACUGGAUAGAUAUGUGCCAGUCUUAAUGGCUCAAGCUAAAAUCUACUGGGAACUAGGAAAUUAUUUGCAAGUCGAGAAGAUCUUCCGUAAGAGCGUUGAGUUCUGUAACGAGCAUGAAAUUUGGAAGUUGAAUGUUGCGCACACUCUAUUUAUGCAAGAGAAUAAAUUUAAAGAGGCAACCGGUUUCUACGAACCCAUAGUUAAAAAGAGAUCCGAUAAUAUUUUGGAAGUGAGUGCUAUAGUUUUAGCAAAUCUGUGCGUCAGUUAUAUUAUGACAUCGAAGAAUACUGAGGCUGAAGAAUUAAUGAAGAAGAUUGAAAAAGAGGAAGAGACUAUUUCGUUUGAAGAGCAGGAUAAAAAAUUGUUCCAUUUAUGUAUUGUAAAUUUAGUUAUAGGAACCUUGUACUGCUCUAAAGGAAAUUAUGAAUUUGGAAUCUCUAGAGUGAUGAAGAGCCUCGAGCCUUAUAAUAAGAAGUUAGGCACUGACACCUGGUUUUAUACAAAAAGAUGUUUCCUUUCGCUUCUCGAACAAUUGGCUAAACAGUUAGUAGUUUUGAAAGACUCCAUGAUGCAAGAAUGCGUGCAAUUUUUGGAACAUUGUGAAGUUUAUGGGAGAGAUGUUCCAACAAUUAUCGAACAGCCAUUUGAUAUACAAGACAUUCCUAUGGUACCUCAGGGAAGACAGACCGUUACUUACGAAGCUCGAUACUUAAAAGCAUUAUUCUUAAAAAUGCAAAUGAUGUAGUUCUGUAAUAAUUAAUGCAUUUUUAUACGUACAUAUCUAAUAAAGAAAUAAGAAAUACAUAUGGAUAUUCCAUGAAUUAGAAUUGUUUCUAAUGCGU